CGUUCUCCUCUAACCUGCCGCAGGUCUGCAGGGGCCGGUCUGCAGGGGAGGAGCGUCGGAGAGGCGGUCUCUGACGCGCAGUCAGCCUCACCAGUGGAGCUGCAGCGCAACAGGAGCAGAGGGAGAGUCUGAGGAGAAGGAGAAGCAGCUGCUGCUGGUGGAUCAUUCCUCCUCCGGAAGAAGGGAAUAUUGGGAUUCUGUGGGAUUACAGACUUUCUAAUCUGAGGGCUUUUAAACCGGGAUUGUUGGAACUGUUGGUGUUUUUCCGUCAUCAAAUAGAUGCGACUGUGUGAGAGGAAUACUAAUGAACGGCGCGCUGCGCCCUGCUGAGGCGCACAGCUCCCCCCUCCCCCCCGCUGCUGUUUCUGACCCCCCCACCGGACGAUCAGAGGAAUUUUACAGCCACAGACCCAGGAAUUAGUCAGAGCCUCUGAGGGUGGGGACAAUCCUGCUGCAGGGUGGGGAAGCAAAAUGGGGAACAGCUUCUCCAACAUCUCUGCCUUCCAGUCGCUUCACAUCGUCAUGCUGGGUUUGGACUCUGCUGGGAAGACCACCGUCCUCUACAGACUGAAAUUCAAUGAAUUCGUCAACACUGUCCCCACCAUCGGCUUCAACACGGAGAAGAUCAGGCUGAGCAACGGCACGGCGAAGGGCAUCAGCUGCCACUUCUGGGACGUGGGGGGCCAAGAGAAGCUGCGGCCCCUGUGGAAGUCCUACAGUCGCUGCACAGACGGUAUCAUCUACGUGGUGGACUCUGUGGACGUGGACCGGCUAGAGGAGGCCAAGACUGAGCUGCACAAGGUCACCAAGUUCGCGGAGAACCAGGGAACGCCGCUCCUGGUCAUCGCCAACAAGCAGGACCUGCCCAAGUCUCUGCCAGUGGCCGACAUCGAGAAGCAGCUGGCCCUGAGCGAGCUCACGCCCUCCACCGCCUACCACGUCCAGCCUGCAUGUGCCAUCAUAGGUGAGGGGCUCCAUGAGGGGAUGGACAAGCUGUACGAGAUGAUCGUGAAGCGGAGGAAGUCCCUGAAGCAGAAGAAGAAGCAGCGGUAACAUCAGCUGGACUCUGAGAGGAAUUAGGCUCCACUUGUUGAAGCUUCAGGAUGGACCGAUGACCUCGCACCAAAAACCAGGCAGAGAGAAACAGGCUGGCCUGUUUCCUUCCUGACCCAAAGGAACAGUGCAGAUAUUCACAGGUGAACUUUUCUCACCUAUUGUGGAAAAAUGUCUUAUUGCUGAAAGUUUCCAGCUAGUCUGUUUUUUUUUACUGAUUUUACAGUAAAUCCAACUUUUCUACGUCUUGCAGUUGAUUUGCUGAGUUUGAACAAAGUCCAGUUUUUCCAGCUGGAGCUGCUGGUUUCGACGGCGCCGGCUGGUUCCCAUUUUCCCAGCAUACCGUUCCUACAGUUUAACUAGAUUUUUAUUGACACUGCUGGUCAGCUGGCUGAAAGGAGACAACUGUGUAUUUCUAAUACUUAAAAAAAAGCAGUCAAAGUGUGAAAUCCAUCUCUGAGUGAAUUUAACUGAUAGCUGCCAUCUGUUCAUAGUCACAGUCAUGUCCUAAAUGUUUCAUCAUACCAUGAAGCUAGGCUAUCAUCCUCUCAUAGCGCCCCAUGCUAACAAGAGGGCUAGAGGUUAUCAGGGCUAACCAGGUAAACUAUGAUGUCACAAACCCCACCUGUUUUAUUUCUGAAGUAUUUAGGUUUAUGUUUUAUUUCUAAAAAUCAGAGCCAGACUCAGUUAGAGCAAAGUCUGUGUUAAAUGUGUUUGUUGUCAUUGAUCCUCUAUAUCAGGGGUGUCAAACCGGUUCCAGAAAGGGCCGUAUGGCUGCAGGUUUUCUUUCCAACCAAGCAUUGAACGAUGUGCUCUCACCCAAAUCAAUCAAGGGAGUCCAAUCUGAACAUGAUGACUUGAUGAGAUGACUGGAGUCUGGUGUGCUACUGCUUGGUUGGAAAGAAAACCUGCAUCCUCAUGGUCCUUUCUGGUACCAGUUUGACACCUGUGCUCUAUAUGAUAUUAUGAUGGACUGAUGAUUAGCUCUGUAGCCAAACAACUUGAUCAAUAUCGGAUGAGUCUGUCGUAUUCCCCCAGAUAUCAACAUUUUCACUUCAAACUGUUUAUUUUACUAAUAUUUGUGAAAGCAGCGUCACUGAAAUGAAAGAGAAGCUACGUUAGCAUUCUCACUAGCUGUUAGCCUUCCAUUGCUCCGAGGACUUUCCUCAAAUUCACUGUAACUGGAUGUGGAAACAAUUUCUGAUGAAUCUGAACGUGUCUCACUGGACUGGAUCCACGGUUGGCUCCAUCUUUGGAUGUGUCUAAGGAAUCAUAUUUUGCACGUAGCCGGGGCCACUGGGGCCUCCGGGGCCACUGGGGCCUCCGGGGCCACUGGG